CAAUCUUUUUCUUUUUUCUUUUUUGUUUAUUGGAACUAUUAUUUUACAAUACUAUCAUAAUAUUUUCUAUAGUCUCAAUCAAUGUUUACAAAUUAAUAUUAACAUAAUAAUGCAUCUACAUUAACUCGAUUUCUGUAAUUUACUUUCGUUUUAAUCAUUUCGUAUGUUCAUAGAUUUGAAAGUUAUAUCAUCAUUUCGUGAAAUUAUUCGCAAGUAUAGAUUUAUCGAUUGAUAUUCAUUAUUAGUGAGGUAAGCUCUAAAAUACCGUGCCGGCAAUCGGAGUUCAUACAUACAAUAUCCGCUACAUUUCGUUCGAGAAAAGAAAAUUCACCGAGGAAAAGAUUUAUUUUUAAUAAAAAUGUAUGAAUGUUAAGUGAUCAUACAAAUCUACUUGUCUACAUACGUACAAUAAAAAUGAUUUUCUUUGAUUGAUUAUCUAUAGAGAGAAUUAUUUGAAAACGUGAGAUUUUAUAAUGGAAAAAGGUUAGGUUACUUUUUCUAUAUUUGAGACGAAAUUUUAAUACCUACGAUUGAACAUAUCUUUAAGUACAUUCUUAAGAGAAAACACAUAUCUUAAAAGAAAUUUCGGACAAAGAAAUCUAUAAGAAUCAUUAAAUAUGUUUAAAAACACAUUCCAAAGUGGCUUCUUAUCCAUUUUGUAUAGCAUUGGUAGUAAACCAUUACAAAUAUGGGAUAAAAAAGUGAGAAAUGGUCACAUCAAAAGAAUUACAGAUAAUGAUAUACAAAGUCUUGUAUUAGAAAUAUUGGGCAGUAAUGUGAGUACCACUUAUAUUACUUGUCCAGCAGAUCCAAGGAAAACGUUAGGCAUAAAAUUGCCAUUUCUGGUAAUGAUUAUUAAAAACUUGAAAAAAUAUUUUACUUUUGAAGUUCAGGUUAUAGAUGAUAAAAAUGUACGACGUCGAUUUCGUGCAAGUAAUUAUCAAUCAACAACUAGAGUAAAACCAUUUAUAUGCACUAUGCCAAUGAGAUUGGACGAUGGAUGGAAUCAAAUACAGUUUAAUUUAGCAGACUUCACUCGUAGAGCAUAUGGAACAAACUAUGUAGAAACUUUAAGAGUUCAAAUUCAUGCAAAUUGUCGAAUACGUAGGGUAUACUUUUCUGAUAGAUUAUAUUCCGAAGAUGAAUUACCAGCAGAAUUUAAAUUGUUUCUACCAAUUCAAAAUAAAGCAAAAUGUUAAACACAUUAGAUAGAUCUUUUUCAAAGUAGCAUAUUUUGCAGAACAUUUUCAUUUUCAUAAAAAAUUAACAUGUGUUACAGCGACUCCAAAUAGUGAUGCUAAUAAAUAUAAUUAUUUACAGAA